UUAGCCCCUUUCUUUUCUUCAUUGCAAAUUAAACUUCACUCCUCCUCCAACAAAAUCCUUUUACUUUUGCCCCUCAAAAUAUACACAUUAAGGCUAGUGCUCAAUUUAUAUAAAAAAAAAAUGUCAAUUUUGUGGUUCUCCAUAAUUGGAAUAUUUAUUAAUUGUGUCCAUGGCAAUGAACAAGGAUGGAUUGAAGCUCAUGCAACUUUCUAUGGAGGUGGUGAUGCUUCCGGAACCAUGGGUGGAGCAUGUGGAUAUGGGAAUUUGUACAGCCAAGGAUAUGGUACAAACACAGCAGCAUUGAGUACAGCAAUGUUCAACAAUGGGUUGAGUUGUGGAUCUUGCUUUGAGCUUAAGUGUGUGGGUGAUUCAAAGUGGUGCCUUCCAGGGUCUAUAGUGGUAACUGCCACUAAUUUUUGCCCACCAAAUUAUGCCCUUCCGAAUAAUGCUGGUGGGUGGUGCAAUCCUCCCCUGCACCACUUUGACCUAGCUCAGCCUGUUUUUCAAAAAAUGGCUCAGUACAGAGCUGGGAUUGUCCCUGUUGCCUACAGAAGGGUACCUUGCCAGAGAAGGGGAGGCAUCAGAUUCACAAUGAACGGUCACUCAUACUUCAACUUGGUGUUAGUGACCAACGUGGGAGGUUCAGGAGAUGUGAAUGCUGUUUGGGUUAAAGGUUCUAGAACAGAGUGGAUGCCAAUGUCACGCAAUUGGGGUCAAAAUUGGCAGAGCAAUUCAUUACUUGAUGGUCAAAUUCUCUCAUUUAAAGUCACUACAGGUGAUGGCCACACUGUUUUCUGCAACAACGCUAUCCCUGCUGGAUGGUCAUUUGGUCAAACUUACACCGGCGCUCAACAGUUCACUUAAUUCAAUUGAAUCCUAUAAUAAAUUUAUAUAUUGCAAGUGUCUUAAGUGAAAUUAGUGUUGAUGGGAAGAGCUUGUUUUUUAAAGUGGCUCUAAACUAUUUUUCUUUUUUGGGGUUUUAUGAAAGUAAUUUUAGAUAUGAAGUCAUAAGUUUCUGUCUGUGGUCAUUUUUUAGGAAGAGGACAGAAAUUGGGGACAGAGGUGGUGGAAUUUAUUGUCACCACCCCCCACACUACUUCAUUAUAGGGGAAUAGUUGUAGUUUACAUGUACUAAAACCAUUUUCGCUUUUUCUUCUGUAUUUUGGUUUUUGUAUGAAAUUGAACGGUGCAAUUUUAUUGUGGUCCUUUGGUUUUUA